GGGCCAAGCGAAAGGUUUUAAAUAACGGACGAAAGAAGCGAGAGGAAGCUUUUUGGAAUUCACUGGUGUCCGUGUCCCGCUCGUGUGUGACUGCGCUCGGUUAUCUCCGCCUCUGCUCCUGUAACCUGCAGCAACCCUCCGUUCAGUGAGAUCUCGACCAGACAGCUGAGUACACAGCCCUUUACAUCACAACAAUCCUAGCGGACAAAAAACAGUCCCAGGUCUUAGAGAACACAUUCUGGACGCGAGAGCGUACCGAAACCGGGCUGACCCAGCUUCUCGUCACCCGGCCGGCGUUAGGAACCGGUCCUUCAUAGCCCGCAGCGCAGAUCCGUCAGCUCAGCCAACCGCCGGGAAGCUCACCUUGCUCAGAGAAAGAGAGAGGGAGAGAGGGAAAGGGUCCUCACUCCAGCCCCGGUGGAAAUGCCGGCUCCCCUGCUGUUCCUGUGCACCGUGGUUCUGCUGUCCGCCGCGAACGCCGCCCCUCCGAGCCCGUGUGCCGGCCGACCCUGCCUCAACAAUGGCACUUGUCUAACUUUCCAAGGGCAGCCGACGUCCUACAACUGUUCCUGCAGCCCCGGGUUCGCGGGCCAACACUGUCAGGAUCGAAUAGAUGAAUGUGCAAGCAAUCCCUGUCACCAUGGCAACUGCAGCAGCCACAUUGAUGGCUAUGUUUGUAUUUGUGAAGAAGGCUAUCAAGGUGAAAACUGUGACCAGCCUCCACAAAGUACUCCUGCCCCUGUCUGGACACAGUCUACGCCGCUGUCAUGGCAACCGGAGCCAGUCUCAACAUCUAUGUUUCCCAAUGCAACCUUGUCCACGUCCUCAUUGCAAACAACUACGUUGUCCUCUUGGCAGCCAGCAAAGGGGCAUAUUGUUGCAAACCUAACUUGGGACCUCGAAGAGAUCAUCAAUGCUUCAAAUUUUCUCUGCGGGAAUAAAAGCUCCAAUGAAUCAAUUUGCAGUCAGCCGUCUUUACUUGAAAUACCUGAAGAGAGUGCAGUAAGGAUUAAACUGAAUGGGAUAGUUUCAUCUGUUGGAUUUUGGGAAGUCACAGAAGCUGAAUUUCAACAGUGCAAUAUUUCAAAUGGAAAAAUCAUCUCACCGUUGCCCACUGUGGAUGGAUAUGUUCUUUUGGAGGAGAUAAUGUCUAUGGGCAGCAACUACUUUAUUGUCUUUGUGAAUGAUUCGGCUACUAAUACGACAUUAGCCCAGAGGCUGAAUGUGACAGUUAAAGCCAGUAUCUGCAUGGAACAAGAGAGCAACCAGGAUGGCCUCCAGUGCUCUGGAAGAGGACGGUGUACCACCAAGCCUUCCGAGAUUUACAGAGGAGAACAUUCUGACUGGUUGCAUCACCACCUGGUAUGGAAAGUCCAAAGUUCCAAAACAAACAAAUUUCAUCCUGGAAACUAUAGACAGGUCACCUUCUUUUGCGAAUGUGAGGAGGGACACAUUGGGCUAUUCUGUGAAGAAUUUGAUGGUUGUCAUAACAUCCAGUGCCUGAACAAUGGUACCUGUUUGGACAUUAAGGAGGGAAACAACUUGAGGAAUUUCACCUGUGUCUGCCCACCAGGUUACACAGGGGAACUGUGCCAGACUCAGAUUGAUCAUUGUGUCUCUGAGCCCUGUGAAAAUGGAGCCACCUGCAUAAACAGAGAAACAGACUAUAGCUGCCUCUGUCUAGAAGGUUUUACCGGCCCCACAUGUGAUCAGAAGAUUGACCCUUGUGCCUCGUCACCCUGUCAGAACAAUGGGACGUGCUUUGCAGAUGGCACAUCAUAUAGUUGUAACUGCAGUCCAGCCUACACUGGACCAGUUUGUUCUCAGCUGAUCGAUUUCUGUGCCCUUAAUCCCUGCUCCCAAGGCACUUGCCGCAGCUUUGGAACGAGCUACAAAUGCCUCUGUGACCCAGGUUACCAUGGUCUGUACUGUGAGGAGGAAUAUAAUGAGUGUCUUUCAGCACCUUGUCAGAACUCAGGCACCUGCAAAGACUUGGUAAAUGGUUAUGAAUGCCUGUGUCCUGCUGAGUAUGCAGGUAUCCACUGCGACCUGUACAAGGAUCCUUGCGCCAAUGUCAGCUGUCUGAACGGAGGCACCUGCAUCAACAAGGAACUAAAUACCACCUGCAUUUGUGCACCUGGAUUUUCAGGUGAGGUAUGUGAGGCCAAUGAAAAUGAGUGUGAGAGCAACCCUUGCCAUAAUGAAGGAACCUGUGUGGAUGAAGUAAAUGGUUACAGUUGCCACUGCCCACACGGCUGGGUUGGUAUUAACUGCGACGUCCACCUGGAAUGGAAAUCUGAUCAGAUGGCAGAGAGCCUGAAUACAAUGCCUCGUCACUCCCUCUACAUUAUCAUCGGAGCCCUCUGUGUGGCCUUUGUUCUGAUGCUGAUUAUUUUAAUUGUGGGCAUCUGUCGUAUCAGCCGCAUUGAGUACCAGGGCUCUUCCAGACCAUCUUAUGAGGAGUUCUACAACUGCAGGAGCAUUGACAGCGAAUUCAGCAAUGCAAUAGCUUCAAUCCGACAUGCCAGGUUUGGUAAGAAGGCCAGACCAGCGAUGUAUGAUGCAACCACUGUGGCCUAUGAAGAUUACAGUCCUGAUGAUAAACCACUGGUCACUUUAAUCAAAACGAAAGAUUUGUAAAGCACAGCUCAUCUUUUAUGGGUAUAAAAAGGGAAGGUACUAACGCAGACUGAUUCGCACAAAAAAAUGCAUACAAAAACGCACGUACACAUACAUACACACACAGAAACACAAAAAUACACAUACACACACACACACACACACACACACACACACACACGAGCUAAAUAUUUUUAAGACAGAAACAGCUGAAAUAUUUAAGAGAUUCGCUUAAUGGGCUAAUGGUUGUUUUCUGGUAGUUUGUUAUUUAAAAAUAGUUUUAUGCAGAAUAUUUGAAUUGGAAGUGUUUGUGUUUCUAAACUAUUUGUUAUGUUAAUGAAAUAUAUUUUCAAUGUGGCUACUGAUCUUAAAGAUAUUUAUCUUAUUAGAUUGUGAAAUAUUCACAGAAAUCUCUAAGCUAAAGAGUCUGAUUGUUUGUAUAUUUGUGUUUUCCUGUCUCUGUGAACUAAUAUUGCACCAUAGUUGGUAGUAAUUUAGAUUUGUUUUUGAACUCAUUUUAUUGGGAGAGUGGAGCAUGCAGAGGCUUACAACACUACCUUUUUAACUCUAAAACUUGAGAACGAACAGGGUCCAAAACACUGGGGUUAAGACCUCUACAUGGAUACUGUGUAGGUCUAAAGGGACCUGACACUGUCCAAAGUGCAAACACUGAAAAUUGUCACCAAAUUGAUAAUCUCAUUCAGAGCAGCUGGAAGAGUAACUAAUGGAGAAAUGGCACAGUUUUGUAACAUUCCCCUAAAUUACUGUACACCAGAGAGAGACCAUGCUGGACCCAAGAUUCAUGUGAAUCUAAAAAAAAGAAACAUGAUAUCUGUUUAAUCAGCACUCUAUUAGACUCAGGGCCAUUUUCUUUGCCGAUUUCCCAACCCCCAUUCUCUCAAGUUAUUAAAAAAACACAUGCAGAAAAAAAAACAAAUUAAUUCUAAUCCUUUGAUAGUAUUUGACAGUUAUGUUGGGUUUCUGAUGGUGAAUUACUCCAUUUACAUAAUUAUCAGCAUCAGCUUAAUUGUAUUUGCAGAAUGCUUAAUUUCUACACACUUGUACUCUUUAUAGGAAAUUUAACUUAAAUAGCAAAACUCAUCAUCAAAAUCUUCUUGAAAAUUCUGUUACAAAUAUUUAUUAUCAUGAACUACUUGCUGCUGCUGAGAUUUUCAAUUAAAAGGCUCUUUUAAAAUGGCCCAUUAGCAAUGGAAUGUGCUUAAAUGAGUUAGUGACCUUGACAAGAGAAGCAAGUUGAACCAAUAGCUGUAGCAUGUGUGAUGUUAAUGUACUCCUAUUAUACAAGGCUAAUCAUACCCCCAGCAACAAAACAGCGCACAGUGCAUUGACAAAAAUAUGUUCUAUUAUUCAGUAUUUGCAAUCUAGGUCAACAGGGUAUUAACUAGACAGUUUUGUAUUCCAGUGAGCCUUUUACAGGUGAUCUAACACUCCAGUGAAGAACUGGUCCAACAGUUGCACAUCAUAAACACUAAAGGUUCUGGACCUGCAGAUGCUAGAAAUCAAGAGUAACACCAACAAAAUGCUGGAGGAACUCAGUAAGUCAGGCAGCAUCUACAGAGAGGAAUAAAGAGUCAAUGUUUUGGGCCGAGACCCUUCAUCAGAACUCAUCGACAUUUCGGGCUGAGAUCCUUCAUCAGGCCUGUAACGUCAACCCUCCCUACAGUAGAUGUUGUCUGACCUGCUGGGUUCAUCUGGUACUUUUUGUGUUCUACCCAACAGUAGCACUCUCACGUUACUAUACAGGAAAGAAAGAUGCUAUCAGUCUCUAAGCCUUUGCAAUAAUAUAUGCAACCUGAUCAUUUUAUAAACCUACAAAUUAAUCUAAUGGUGUUAAAUUUUCACUUUCUAUUUCCUUAUAAUUAAACAGCAAAGUUGCCUACAAAAUAAUUCAACCCUUUAACAUUAAUGGGAACUUAGCAGUUUUUUAUAAAGAGGCAAGGAUGUUGGGAGAGUCACUCUUUAGGGGCUAGAUUUUAGUAUUGGGUAUUGUAAUGAAACCAGAAGCAGUCUAUGGAAUGUAAAACUUCUGUGCAUUCAUAUUAAAGCUGCAGUGAGGUUUACGAAGUGAUAAUGUACACUUCAAGAAAAAGGAUUUUGCUUGAUGCAAGUUAAAGACUUUGGUAUAAGCUUCUGUUUUUUUCCUGCUGAUGUACUAUCUGUACUCUUUCUGUCGUUUUUUGCUCUUUUGUAGCUUGUAUUUUUUUGUGGUGGAUGGAGCAGGGCUGUUUGUUGGUGUGUCGACCUGUAACAUGUGUCUUGAAUUUCUAACUGCUCAUGCUGAACAAAGCCUGAAGUAGACUCUUGUUUGAUUUGCUCCAGUAAAUUCUGCAUCAAAGCUGUAUGUUUAAUGAAACAAUAAAGCUCUUACACAAAACAACACCCUAUU